AUGCCCAUCAUUCGUCAGUUUUUGGAUGACACUGUUGACCUGCGUCCCAACCUUCGCCUCUCUCGUCGCUCACUUGCUGCCCUUACUGCUGCCAUCGACCUCAGCAUGACCCGAGGCUGGCCAAAGGGCAUAGAGGUGCUGCUGUUUGUUUUUUGGCUGGCCCAUGCAGCGUCCUACAGGCUGGUGGCUGCAGCCUGCGACAUUCCGAAGUCCACUGUGCACAAUAUUGCGCACAGGGUGACCAAGGCUGCUGUGGGCAUCCUGGGCUGCACCAUCCGCCUCCCUGACCCUGACCAGCUGGAGGACAUCGCUGCUGGCUUCAACUGCCUCGGGGGACAGUGGUCGGGGAAAUUGAUGGCUGCCAUGUCGGCAUCAAGCCACCUGCAGCACAUCAGCUGGACUUUUUAA